AUGGCUGAUGCACAAUGUGGGAAGGAUGAUACACAAUUUGGACCUAUACUUGGUAUGGAAUUUGACUAUGAGCAAUUUGCAUAUGAUUUUUAUAAUUCUUAUGGAGGAAGAGUUGUAUUUAGUAUUAGAAGAGAAUAUGCUCACAAAAGUAAGACGGGUGACAUUACUUCAACGGCAUUUGCUUGUUCUAAGGAGGGACAUAGAAAAGUUGAUAAAAGAGAUUACGUUGCGAAGAAUGCAAGGGCUGAGACAAGGACUAGUUGUGGUUCUCCAAUGAACAUUAAAUUAAAUAGGAAAAUUGGGAAGUAUAAUGUUACCAACUUCGUAGAAAUGCACAACUAUCACCUUGUAGCAAGUCAAGUCGAAGAGGGUCAUAAACAAUUUCUUGUUUUCAUGGCGGCUUCUGAAGCUGAAGGACAAACAGAUUCUCCAAAGAGGUCAGUUGAGAAUAUCACCGAUGAUGAAUCCUCGGAGAGCGAUCAUGAAGAGAGAGAAGACAUAAAGUAG